AUGUCGGGCCGACCCAUGAACGACGAUGAGGUCCUCUCCGAGAUGAAGAAGAUGGUGGCCUUCAUCAAGCAGGAGGCCAUGGAAAAGGCCAGAGAGAUCCAGAUCAAGGCCGACGAGGAGUUUGCCAUCGAAAAGGCCAAGAUCGUCCGUCAGGAGGCCAUCAACAUCGACUCGCAGUACGAGAAGAAGAAGAAGCAGGCCGAGACCGCCCAGAAGAUCGCCCAAUCCACCCAGACCAACAAGUCGCGAUUGAAAGUGCUCCAGACCCGCGAGCAGCACCUCCAGACCCUCUUUGACCAGGCAAAGGAGCGCCUCUCGGGCCUCACCGACGACCAGGAGGCGUACAAGAAGCUACUGCAGAACCUCAUCCUCCAGGGCCUCUUACAACUAAUGGAGAAGAAGGUGGUCGUCACGGUGCGAUCCAACGACGUCCAGCUGGCACAGGACGCCGCCAAAGGCGCCGAGGCCGACUACAAGGAAAAGUCGGGCCGCGAGGCGUCGGUCGAGGUCAAGGAGGGACUGAGCAAGGACAGCUUCGGCGGCGUCGUCCUCGCCGGCCACGGCGGCAAGAUCACCAUCAACAACACCCUCGAGGAGCGCCUCAGGCUGCUCGAGGAGAGGAUGCUCCCCGAGAUCCGCCUCGACCUGUUUGGACCCAACGAGAACCGAAAGUUCUACACCUAG